AUGGGGCUUUGGCGCGAUAUCUUAAAGACUGACACUGGGCGUGCUCGACGUCGUCUACAUGCGGAGCGUCGCCGAUUACUUCCUGCCUACGAUUCGGAUCCGGUUUCUUCCACUGGGCCUUCCAAGGAAGUAACUAAAGUGGCUCUUAGACUAAAGUAUCAGAUUGAACAGGUUAUUCCCUGCGAGGUUGAAGAAAACAUCAUCACCAGUCCCACCAGUCGCGUCAUUACAGACAGCGUUGUUCAAACUGCUAAAGAGGCGGGCGGUGAAGACCUGCAAGGCUGUGUUGUAUUUUGCUUACUUAUAUGCUUACGUUGGUUCAAAAUUCAAGCUGUAGAGGAGCUUUGGGAUUCUGAUCUCCACGAGAGUCGGGCCCUUGCAUGUGAGGUUAUAGCAAAGCGCAUAAUUGAAACCGAAGAAAACCAAGAUUUUCUGCUGCUCCAUACCCUGCUCAAGCGGUAUUCGGUCUUCGUCGACGGAGAGGAGACUGUCCCGGCUAACGUCAUAGAGCGUGCUGUAGACCUUCACGCAUUGAGGAUCAUCGGAUCUUCUGGGUAUCAGAAGUGCAUCAAAUAUCUCUGGAAUGGCUGGUUUUGUCAACAGGAUGGCAACCCAACCAACUUCGUUCCCUACCAUGAAAAAGAUAAUACGAACUUUGCAGUCCACUUCCACCCCGAUAGGAUGAGGACACCUCUGUAUCAGAACGCAUGCCAAAUCGCUGUCUCUCUCUUGUACCUUGCACUUUACACUCAAGUCAUCAAUACUGUCAAUCGAACCGGGGAUCUCGAUGUCGGGGAAGGCAUCCUUUAUGUGAUGACCCUUGCAUUCAUCUGCGAUGAGUUAACCAAAGUAUGGAAGAUUGGACGACAUUACUUUGAUUUCUGGAAUGCCUUUAAUUCCACGCUAUACGUCAUUCUUGCUAUCUCCUUCUUCGUGCGUGUCGCUGCUCUGACACACUCACCUUCGGCAGAUGAUCAAAAGAGACAAAUACUCAAUGAACUAAGCUACAACUUUUUAGCAUUUGCAGGGCCAAUGUUUUGGAUGCGUAUGAUGCUAUAUCUGGACUCAUUUCGGUUCUUCGGAGCCAUGUUUGUCGUUCUGAGGGUCAUGAUGAAGGAGAGUAUAAUAUUCUUUGCUCUCCUCUUCGUUGUCCUAGUGGGCUUCUUCCAAGCGUUCUAUGGGAUGGCUCAGGUGGAGUCCGAUAUCCCUGUUGUCAAGAAUAUUGUGCAGGGCAUGGCAAACAGUAUAAUGCAAAGCCCCGAGUUUGGCACCUUCGAGGAUUUCGCGUACCCGUUCGGCAUUAUCCUGUACUAUUUAUUCAAUUUUAUCAUUAUGACAGUUCUGCUUAAUAUCCUUAUCGCUCUAUACAACAGCGCAUACGAAGAGAUUUCAGGAAACGCGAUUGAUGAGUAUAUGGCUGUCUUCGCGCAGAAAACGAUGUCCUACGUCCGGGCGCCAGAUGAGAAUGUCUUCAUCCCUCCAUUCAACCUCAUCGAGAUUAUCUUCCUAAUCGCACCCUUCGAAUGGUGGCUCCCACGCAAACGCUACGCAAAGCUAAACGAUGUUAUCAUGGGUAUCAUCUACUCGCCAAUUCUUCUCGUGACAGCAUCCCUUGAAGCCCGCGAAGCCCGUCGGAUAAGAUGGAAUCGCCGUCGUGGAGAGGAAGAUGAUGACAACGUGCAGGAAUGGGAGCAUGCCGCUGAGGAAGUGGAUUUUGCAAUCGAGGAAAGCUGGAAGCAGACUGUCCAGGACACGACUCCAAACGUGACUAUGGACAGUUGCACUCUGGAGAUCGUUCAGCUAAAGGAACAGAUACGUGAAUUAACGGAGACGGUGAGAUUACUGGUUGGAGAGAAGGCAACCAAGGGAACGCUGUACGGCGGGUCCAGCUCGACCAUACUUGAACACGAAUAG